CUUAUCCCAACGCUAUCUAUCUACUCCAUAUAAAUAUCUCCCCCCUCCUCUACAGUUUCCACUCCUCGCGCCUUCAAUUAAUUCGCUCUCCUCCUCCUCGUCGUCGUCGUCGUCGUCGCCAUCGUCGUCGCGAUCUCCAUAGCUAGCUCUAGCGAUGGGUUGCGCGUUCUCGUCGGCGGGGGCGCUGAGGCCGUUCGAGGGGGUGAGGGUGAUCCACAUCAACGGCUACGUGGAGGACUUCGACGCGCCGGUGACGGUGGGGCAGGUCACCGGCAAGCCGGCGGCGGGGGAGGGGCAGGGGCAGGGGAGGUACGUGCUGUGCUCGUCGGCGCACCUGCUGCAGCCGGGGCGGGGGCCGUUCAGGGCGGACGACCCACUGGAGGCCGGCACGGUGUACUUCCUCCUCCCGCAGUCCAUCUUCCAGUCCGAGUCCUCCGCCGUCGACCUCGCCUGCCUCAUGAACCGCCUCACCUCCCUCGCCCGCAAGGGCGCCGCCGCCGCCUCCAGCCCCGUCGAGGCCCUCUUCACCGCCGGAAUUCACCACCCGCCGCAGCCCUCCUCCUCCUGCAGCAGCUCCAAGCCGGCGGCGGCGGCGGCGAGCUCGGGGUCGCCGGAACGGUGCUACCUCGCGGCGGCGGCGCGGCCGGCGGCGUGGAAGCCGCGGCUGGAUCGCAUCGACGAGUCCUUCGGCCGCGCAUCCAUGCGGAGCUCCUCCGCUCGCAGCACCGAGGCCUGAACAUUUUUUUUCUUCCUCUUUUUUAAUCUUUUUUCUCUUUAUUAUUUUAUUUUCUUGUUACUUUUCUUAGUAGUAGUAGUAGUAGUAGUAGUAGAAGAUGAUAAUUUCUGGAUUUUUUUUUCUUUACAAAGUUAGUUUUCUGUUGUUUGUAUAUCCAAAAGGUGUAAAUAUAAUCUAAUUUGUAAUGUUGGUUUGGAUUGGAUUCGGAUCAUCUGGUCUAUCUUAUCUAGCAACUUAUCCAUACUGUUAAA